AUGUCAGUCGCGGAGAUCUUCUUUGACGCUCAGCGCUCUCUUGUGGGCCACAAGACGCUGGCGAAACGACUGCGCCGUCUUGAAAGCUCUCCAAACUUCGAAGCGCACAUUAAACAAUGUGUCUUCCGCCUUCUCGAUGUCGCGAAGUCCGAACCAGCUGGAACCCGUGUCAUCAAAUUCCUCACGACAUAUCUCGCCAGCGACGACGCCUCAAAUCAGAUCUCUUCCGCCAUCCUACUGGGCAUUCUCCCAUUUCUCUGUGCCAAAGACAAGACGAUCCGAUAUCGAGCCACCCAACUCACCUGCCAGAUCUUGGGUGUCCUCCAAGCCAUCGACGAUGAUCUAUACAAGGUUAUCAGACACGAGCUGAUCAAAAGAAUGAGAGACAAGGUCCCCGCGAUCCGGCUGGAAGCAGUCAUGGCCCUGGGCCGUCUCGUGGAAAGUGAAAUGGAAGAAGCCGAGGACCAAGAUUCAGAUGAGGAUGUCGCCCCUGGCUUGCUGGACAAGCUCCUCGAUGUUCUCCAAAACGAUACCAAUGCAGAUGUCAGGAGAGCCCUUUUAGUGAAUAUUCCGGCGACGCCCAAGACCUUACCCUAUCUACUCGAGCGAGCCAGAGAUCGCGAUGCUCCGACUCGACGUGCCCUGUACGCAAAACUGCUUCCCACACUUGGCGAUUUCCGACAUCUGUCCCUGUCCAUGCGAGAGAAACUGCUGAGAUGGGGCUUGAGAGACCGUGACGAAAGAGUCCGCGGAGCUACCGCUCGCCUGUUUAGAGAAUGCUGGAUUGAGAACUGUGCAAGAACCGAGGCCGAGAAAGUUGCUGAAGCACAGGAAGAGAAGGAUGAGAAGGAAGCACAUGUCGGCUUCUAUGAUCCAAGCAUUCCCGCUCUGUUGGAGCUUUUGGAGAGAAUCGACACUUUGAACACUGGGAAUGACGAUGGCGUUGCUCGUGAAGCGAUGAAAGAAUUUUGGGCUGGCCGACCAGAUUAUCUCGAGGCGGUCACCUUUGACGACGAUUUCUGGCAGAAUUUGACUCCCGAGUCAGCUUUUAUGGCACGCACGCUCAAUGACUACUGUCGGUCGGACCCAAACUACCAGGAAAUGGUGGAAGAGAAAAUGCCAGAGGUUACACGGCUGGGAUUCCAUCUCCAGAGACAUAUCAACGAGCUGUUCACGAGGGUCCAAAGCGCCAGCGAGUCGGAUUCGGAUGACAAGAUCGCAUUGCAAGCGGAACAGGAGUUCAUUGUGGAGCAGCUCUUGUACAUAGCCCAGUCUCUGGACUACACAGAUGAAGUUGGCAGGAGGAAGAUGUUCUCGUUGCUCCGACACGCUUUGUCCGUGGCCGACUUACCAGAUGAGUGCACUCGGCUCACCGUGGAAGCCCUACGACUCGUAUGCAACUCGGAUGCAGCUGGCGAGAGAGAGUUUACCUCGAUCGUUCUCGAAGCCAUCGCCGAAGUCCACGAUAAUAUCGCUUCUUCUGACCUCGAGAAUGAAGCUGAAGCAGACGAGGAAGACAGCUUUGUCUCAGCCCGCAGCGAAGUCAGUGGGGACUCGACACCGAAGACUGAGCAAGCCAGGAGCAAGCGCAAUAAGCACCUCACCGACGAAGAGCAAGAAGCCAAAGCGAUCAAAGAAAUUGUCAUCAACAUGAAGUGUCUCCACAUCGCUCAGUGCAUGCUGCAGAAUGUCGCAGGAAAUCUGCAAUCGAACAUCGACCUGCGCACCAUGUUUGACAAUUUGGUGAUCCCAGCCGUGCGAUCCCACGAGGCUCUAAUUCGCGAGCGUGGCGUGCAAUGUCUGGGAUUGUGCUGCUUGCUUGAACCCAAGCUUGCAGACGAGAACAUGCGGCUCUUCACUCUCUUGUUGAAGAGAGGCCACGAGUCCCUCCAAGUCAUGGCUCUGCAGAUUUUGUGCGACAUCCUUCUCGCACGAGGUCCGCCUUCCCCUACGCAUCUGGAAUCCAGCCCUCCCCCAGAAUCCCCUGUUGCCGCGACUGAAGCGUCGGAAGAUGUCCCGGCUCCCGCCGCCACCGCUGCUACAACUGGUAACCCCAGCAAUUCACUCCCGGGCCUUCUCUCCCCUUUCAUCAAGGCUCUCUCACAGACCUUCCCAGACGAAGUCCGUGCCACAUCCACGGCCAGCUUGUGCAAACUCAUGCUGUGCGGAUUCUACGUGGGUAAUGAAGAGUUGUUCGAUCAGAUCGUCGAAAGGGCAAUCCACGGCGCGGCCAAGGGGUGGGAACUUCUGGAGAAAGUGAGGAAUGCGGUUCUCGUGGACAAGGACCAGAGCAAAGGCAAGGGUGCCGACAAGAGUGGCGGCGACAAGACCAAGGAGAGGGAAAGGGCAAGUAACGGAAUAAGUAGUGCGAGAACGAGCAAUGAGGGCGUUGGGGACGGAAGCGAGCGAAUUGCGGGUGAGAGCAUGGAGCUGUGA